AACGUCAUGUGUCUUUAAUUUUACUAGCUGUCAAACGAAAUCGCCCAGUUUUUAGCCUUUUUUUUAAAUGUUUUUCCAGUGAUAACAAUAAAUUUGUUAUUCUUGUAUAAUGUAAAUCGAAACCAAUGAAUUCUUAUUACUUUAAAUGUGAUGGCUAUAUUUGAGAAAGAGUCUCAUUCCAAAGUUAUAUUAGAUGAUACAGAGAAACUUAUUUGUAUCAUAGAAAAUGCACAAAAUAUCAACAAGCACACUGAAUACAGAUUACAAGUGCAAAGAGGUCCCAGCAAAGAGAUCAAAUGGACGGUGUCUCGGCGCUACAGGGACUUCGCAGCGCUGCAUUCGGUACUGCAGCAAGCUAACAUUGACUUGCCAUUGCCACCAAAGAAACUUAUUGGGAACAUGCAACCAUCUUUUAUUGCAGAAAGACAAGUAGCCUUGCAGGAAUACAUAAAUCAAGCACUGAAGCAUCCUAUUCUAGCAUUAUCUUUACCAGUGAGGAGCUUUUUGGAUCCAAAUAAUUAUUUAUUAAAUAUUGCAGAACAAGCACUGCAAACAAUGUCAAUAGCAUUGCGGGGAGAUGGACAGUUUGAGUUGAAGGGGCCUCUGGCUGCUAUUGGCUGGAGAGUUAGGAAACACAAUUUUUUGGUGACUGACUCGGAGACAAGAACGAAUUGUCUGUUAUCGUGGCAGAACUAUGGGCCUGAUAGGUAUUUAAGUGAUAAGGAUCUGCAAGCAGCUUUUAAGAGUAUAAAGGGUGUAAAUCAUCCACAUAUAGAUAAAAUAUUAGCAAUUCAUAGUUUGGAAUCGGGGGCCUAUGUAGUACGAAGGAUACACGAGACCGGCAGCCUAAGAGACAUACUAUACGGGACCGAAUACACGCGGAACCAUCUAGCCAAAUAUGGGAACCCUAAAGUGAGGAAACCGUUGACUGAGGGCCAAAUAGCGCAUUAUGGAUAUCAAGUGUUACAAGCGCUGAAGUUUUUACACGAUAAGGGAUUACCGCACGGUCACCUCCACCCUGGCAACAUAGCGAUAGAAAACCAAAAAGCCCUCCUUAUGGACAUAGAGAACAGUAUCCUCGGUGUGGCCAGCCUCCACCGGCCGUACCUUCUAGAAUUAAAAAGAGUCUGGUCAUCUGAAGCGGUAGAUGUGUACUGCUUUGGGCGGACGCUGUACGAGCUAGCCUUUGCAGAACCGUUAGAUAGCUACUACUGUGAUGAUUACCCUCAUGGAAUCUCAGCUGAGUUAGAAUCAGUCCUCCAGCUGUGUAUAUCGAGCGUGGCGUGUAAGAACGCGCGCGCGUCCGGAGCCCUAGAGCCGUUACUGCAGCACCCGUUCUUCACUCGAGCCACGUUGAAUGGGUCGCGGCUAGAAGCCCAUCACCUCAAGUUUCCGCUGCCGCUUAAGGAGGAGCUAAGAAGAGCGGCGGACGCGAUCGAGGCGCGGCUGAAGGCGGAUCAGAAGUUGGUGCGGAGUGCGAAACGUGAAGUGCGUAUACAGGAAAUACUCAAGUCCGAAACGGAAUUAAAGAAACAGAAGAAAAGAGCGAGAAAAAGAGAUAGCAUGUGGAAGUCGACUUCGUCGCUGGCGGAGACGUUGCGCUCGCAGAGUGCUAGCACGGCCUCCUCGCCCACGCCGCCACACAUAUCGGGCGAAACGAGCGGCGCAGACGUCAGCCCCCGGGCCGCGUGCAGCCCGAGCGACGCCCGCGGCGCGCUGCUCAGCGCCAUCUGCGGCUUCGACCGCGCCCGCCUCGCGCGCGUCAACUCGCGGUGAACCACUACACUAUAUACUACCCCAGGGUCACGGAACGCACGCGCUGAGCUGACGCCGUCCGCCGUACAUUUGGUUUAACCCUUUUCCAGGCAUAGUACGAUUUAUCAACCACAUACGCGCCACUAGAAUUUCAACUUUAACAUUCCGAUUUAAAAUUCAAAUUAGAUUGCACUUUCGGGAAAGGGUAUAGCCGGGUAAGCAUGGCCAAACUGCCCUUAGCGAAAAAAUGAAUUUCCUUUUACUGAAUUAUUAACCUAUAUAUAUGUAGUGCUUUCACGAAAAAAUAAUCCUCAAAUGCUUCAGGUUUUUAAAAAAAAAAAAACAAAAAAAGAAAAAACAUUUUUAUUUUAUUACAGCCAAAGUACUAAUCCGAUUUCUUUGUAAUUUGGGUAUGUUGUAGAUACAAUUAAGGUCGCUACCUGAAAAAAAUAAUAUUGAAUUAUCUCUUGAAAAAAUAGUAAAAAAUUGAGUUGAAAAUUUUCAGAAAAAUAAAAAAAAAUUGUGCGAAAUUGCGACAGUUAUCAAAUUUACAUAUUUCAUGUAAAAUUUAAUAAUGUUUAACAUAUAUUUUUUUCUAAAAUUAAAAUCGGGAUAACAGUGUGAAAAACUCGAAUUUGUAACACCCCAUAAUACUUUCUCUUCUUAAUUUUCUCUUUCAUAAUACUUUGGCUGUAAUAAAAUAAAAAUGUUUUUUCUUUUUUUGCAUUUUUUUUUAAUCCGCAGCAUUUGAGGCUUAAUUUUUGGUGAAAGCACUACAUAUAUAUAUAGGUUAAUAAUCCAGUAAAAGGAAAUUCAUUUUUUCGCUAAGGGCAGUUUAGCCAUGCUUACCCGGCUAUACCCUUUGACUUAUCUUCAAAUGAAUCAUCAAAGCUGGAUUAAUUGAAAUAUAUUUGGAUUUUUCGGGAAAACCUUGUAUAUUGGUGCGGCCUGGAAAAGGGUUAACCGAUGUAUGAGGCUUGAUCGUCAGCAGCGUCGAUCGUACGGGUCGUGGCCGAGGCGUUGAGUUCAUGAAAUGUAAAACUUCUUUACCGACACACCAGUGGCGUAACUUUAGGGCAGCAAAGCGGGCAAAAUGCCACGGACCUGGUCUGAAAAGGGCUCCAAAUUGACCGAAAGACCGUGAGUUCAAGCCUCCAUGUCCAUUCGAUAAAUUAGCAACAGGCCUCUGUUGGUGCAGUUACGUCACUGAUGUACCUUGCUUUACAGGUGGUUUAUAUUUGACUUUCUACCUUAUUACAACAAGUAAUACUAAAAUCUUUAUCAGCAUUAUAUAUAAACACAGUUGAAUUAAAUCACUAAAUAUUAACGCGUUCGUUUAAAAAUAUCCUAGUUGACAUGACACAACUACAAAAAAGUGUGUAAUAUUGCUAUAACAACUUUGUGAAAACCUCAAAACGUACAACUUCUCGAACAACUUGAUUCCUGAUCCACGUGAAACCUUUUCACAUAUACUACGUCAUUAGUUACAUUGAUUUAAAAGGUAAAAUUAUUAUGAUACUUACUGUUAAAACGUGCUAUGGCGGGUUCACAAAUCAGUUUGUUCGAUUGUACACAGGUACAACUUAUAGUCAAUUCGAAGUAAUUUUGUAACUGAAUUUCGUAGUUAGAUACAAAUAGUUCAAAGUGUUCGUGUGAAUUGAAUCCUUACGUUAACUGAAAUAAAGACACGUUUUUAAUUAACUUCACAGUUUUUCAUCCCUAGGCCCCUAUUUCACUAACACUUGCAAGGACAUACACUAGCGGACGGUACAGUUACAUUUUUGCCCAUCAAAAUUGAACUGUAUUACCAAAGGACUAGAAUGUCACUUGAUAAAGACAACACGCAAGAUAGCAAAUUGAUAAUGAUAACCUAGUGUGCAUCUAUAAAUGUAUAUACAGAAAUAUCUUUGUCAGGAACUAUACAACACACAGAUGUAGUGCACAAUUGUUUUCCAUGGUAUUUUCUCUGAAACGUUCGUAUUUGUCAUGCUACUUCAGUGAACCUCAGAACUUUUUGUACCGAGACUAACUGAAAUAGCAAGACACGUUCGUACGUUUCCGUGAAAAUAAGAUGGAAAAUAAUUAUGCACUACAACUCUACUGGUAGGUUUUGUAGGUAAUUGUGUUGUCAAUUUGGCAACAUAGGAGCCAUGGUUUAUUUUGUUGGCAUCGCGUUUAAAAAAUCAAAGUUUUGAUUAUCGACCAAAGGCUUUCUGGCAGAUCUCGGUUGGUUAUUGUAUUGAUGUUUUACGUAUAAGUAUUAAAUGGUGCCACGCAGUAACAUUGUGUAUUUUAUAAGCGCAGUUAAUGUGUUGAUAUUAACCUCCCGAGUCUAAAUGUACAUUACAAUGUACAUAUUCGUGCAAUCUAAUUUGAACUUUUCAUGAACCAAAUAAAGUAGCAUUUCUUUUGUUUCAUUGCUUUUUAAAACAAACGCAAUUCGUUCUAAUUUACAUAUAGAACAAGGUUCACGUUAAAAUUGAAAAACUUUCUAUGGUGGGUCUUACGAGGGAUUGUUUAAAUCGUGCUUAUUCACCAAACUCACCUGUCGUAUUUAAGUGUUUUCCUUACUUUGUCACUCGAAUUUAAGCUCGGCACUAAGUUUUUGCAGGACAAAUAAGACCACGUCACAAUUUUACCUUUUACAUUACACUGUGUUAUAAAAAGUUCAAGGGAUUCACUCAAAUUUACUAAAUAAGUUAAUGGAUUAUUUAACACUUUAAGGACAUAAGGGUGUCAGAAAUUAUGCAAUAUUGAACCCUAUCACUUUGAAAUAAAGUUCAAACUCAGGUGGGAAAUAUAUUGCCUCUGCCUUAUAAAGGGUUAUCGCCACUGGGGUUAACCGGGUUUUAGUAUAAGAUGUGCAUAUUAGAAGUUAUCUUUUUGUGAUGAAGGUGAUCUUAAAAAUGCUUUAUAGAGAGAAAGAUUCUAACCCUUUCAGUGCAGUGCAUAAUGUUUUUUUUUAGUGUUGUAAUGUAGCCCAUACUACACUCAUGUUUUUAAAAGGAACUCAGGUGGUCAAAAUCCUACCUACUGUAGGUAAAUAAGUUAUUUUAUUUAAAAUACACUUGAGUUUCUAGUCGCGGUUUUAAUUUUAGUGAUCGAACAAAUAACUUGUUUUAUUAGACGUGCGUAAGGGUCGUAUUCCAUCUAUCCAAUAUAUUGGUCCAAUGUGUAUUUGCGUCUCACAUUUUGCUUGAUGAGAGGGUGAGAUGCAAUGCGCAUUGGGCCAAGAUAUUGGACAGAUGGAAUACCACCCUAACAUCCAGAGGUACUAUAUCUCGUAAUUCAUAAAUGUCCUUCAAGCUUUGAAAUAUUUGUGAUCUGUGACUUUUAUAUUAAUUGUGCUUGGUCGAAUGAGACAAAACAAUUUUUUUAUCUAAUAAGGACUAUGUUAAUUUUAUGAAUAACGGGACAGUUCCAGGUGACCGGUUGCCGGUCUGUUAACACUUUGAAUGACAAGAGUAAAAUGUUAUAUUUGCAAGCUUGUAUACCAAUGAUGUUGGCGUGUACGUAACAUUUAUGAGUAUGAAAAAUUACGGUCAUAAGGUUAACAUUCGUUGCGGCUGCCGUAUUAGAAAUACUAAAAUAAUGCCUUUACUGUGCGGCGUAUGCCGUGACAAACUUGUAAUUGUAUAUUAGCUGUAAGUUAAAAAGUGAUAAGCGACUGGUCAGUCUUCAUUUGGGAUUAUUAAAUUAUUUUUAACCCUUUACCAGGCGGACAAUUCAAAAAUAGAACAUGUUUGAAGUGCCGUAUGUGGGAACUAUAUAUCCCUUUGCCUGGUAAAGGGUUAAAUGUAUCGAUGUAAUAGCUUUAACCUUUAUAAAUAAGAUGAACUAUAAAUGUUUAAUAUAUUUUGUUGUAAGUGUAUAAGAAUAUACAAUAUAAUAAAACAUUGAUUAGAAGUCA